GUCGCAUAUGGCCUCUCGGUCCUUCCUUCCUUCCUUCCUUCCUUCCCAAGGUUCAAUGAGCGCCGUGUGGCCCCACCCUCAGCGCCGUCUGCCUCUUCAAUGUAGCCUACUCUUCUCGGAGGAAGAGAAAGGAAGAAAAUAAUAACAACUCCCUCCUGAGGACUCGCUUCUAGAACCGUGUAUCACCUCCUUCGUCCAGCGCGCGGCGGCGGCCCCCUUCCCCCGGAGAGUAGCGGCCUUACACGGAUUCACCUGGAGCUUCCAUUAAAUGAAGGAAUAAACAGGCUGUCCGUGCGCAGUUUUCUGGAGACUCUGUGGUGAUGUGAAGGACUGAUAACACAUUUCUGCAACAAAAGAGAGGGAGGGGGGAAAAAGAGAGAAAAUACAGCAAGGAAUAGCCAGCCAUCACAAAUAAGGAGGACAAAUUGGGGGGGGCUCCUGGAGGUGGCGACAGAAAGACAACCGCAGCGAGUUUGGAGCUUGAUUUGAUGCGGAGAAGGAGCCGGAGGACGACGGAAGAAGAAGAUCAUACAUGUAGCUAGUUACAUAUAAUUUCCCCGUUCGCUAGGUGGCUACCCGACUAAAAGACAAUUAUAAUAAACACUCAAACGGUGGAAGUGGACAUGUUUGUGGCCAAAGACGACGCGGGGACGAGCACCGCCUCAGCCCGGCCGAGGCUUUCGGACACGCCGAGCUCAGCUCCCUGUGGCGGGCAGCAGUGAGACGCGAGACCCCGGCUUCACGGAGAUGCUGUUUAGGCUCGUUUCGCUGCCUCCGUUCGAGGUGAAAUCUCGCUUUUUGGCGUCAUAGCGACACGCCGUGGAUUCUAAUUAAAAACCUAUCUUUUCGGGGGGCGGGAGCGGGGGGAGGAGGGAGAGUUAAUAAGGAGCAAAGUGGAGUUGAAUGUGUGGGGUGGGGGUGGGAGGGGGUCAGGCGGCCUCCAGCAGCAGCAGCAGGAUCCUGCCCUUUAUUUUCUUCUUCUGACAGCAAAAGACUCUUUAUCCGCACAGCAUUGUUUUCCAAACAGUAACUGAGUAAAUGUGGGUCACAUUGCUGCCAAAUCCGAGGGUCAAACCAGGGACCUAGACAACUAUUACCUGUUUAUUUUCCUUUCUUCAUACUCCCCCUCCCUUCAGUGCUCCUCUUCCUCCUCCCUGGAACCCUCCAUCCUCCUCCCCAACUCCCCCCAUAUUGCUUUUCUUUUUAUUUCUUGAGGGAAGAUGGGUUGUUUGGGUAAUAGUAAGACUGAAGACCAGAGAAAUGAGGAGAAGGCACAAAGAGAAGCAAACAAAAAGAUUGAGCAGCAGCUCCAGAAGGACAAACAGAUCUACCGAGCAACACACAGACUACUACUUUUAGGAGCUGGAGAAUCCGGAAAGAGCACCAUUGUGAAACAAAUGAGGAUCCUUCAUGUCAACGGCUUUAAUGCAGAGGAAAAGAAACAGAAAAUUCAGGACAUUAAGAACAACAUUAAAGAGGCUAUUGAGACCAUUGUAACAGCUAUGAGCACACUUACACCACCAGUGCAGCUGGCCUGUCCGGAAAACCAGUACAGGAUUGACUAUGUCCUCAACCUCAUCAACCAGAAAGACUUCGACUUUCCAUCAGAGUUUUACGACAACGCAAAGAAGUUGUGGCAGGAUGAUGGGGUCCGUGCGUGCUUCGAGAGAUCCAAUGAGUAUCAGCUAAUCGACUGUGCACAAUACUUUCUGGACAAGAUCGACAUUGUGAAACAGAGUGAUUAUUCCCCAACGGAUCAGGAUUUGCUUCGGUGCCGAGUUUUGACUUCAGGGAUCUUUGAAACGAGAUUCCAAGUAGACAAAGUCAAUUUCCACAUGUUUGAUGUUGGAGGUCAGAGAGAUGAACGCAGGAAAUGGAUUCAGUGCUUUAAUGAUGUGACGGCCAUCAUCUUUGUGGUGGCCAGUAGCAGCUACAACAUGGUGAUCAGAGAGGACAAUCAGACCAACCGAUUACAGGAGGCCCUCAACCUCUUCAAGAACAUCUGGAACAACAGGUGGCUGCGGACCAUUUCUGUCAUUUUGUUCCUAAAUAAACAAGACCUGCUGGCAGAGAAAGUUCUAGCAGGGAAAUCUAAAAUUGAGGAAUACUUCCCUGAAUUUGCUCGCUACACCACACCUGAUGAUGCGACACCGGAACCUGGAGAGAAUCCUCGUGUUACAAGAGCAAAGUACUUCAUUAGAGACGAGUUCUUGAGGAUCAGCACAGCAAGCGCAGAUGGGAGGCACUACUGUUACCCUCACUUCACCUGCGCUGUCGACACGGAAAACAUCCGCAGGGUCUUCAACGACUGUCGAGACAUCAUCCAGCGGAUGCACCUGCGGCAGUACGAGCUGUUGUGAUGGGACUUCCUCUAAAAAAAAAAAAAAGACUACAGAAAAAGAUGCUGAACACUGGGUCUCUGAACUCCCCUCUUCCACGGAUGUGUGCUAGUGCCUGCAGCAAAGAAAAGGCCAAAGUACACACACUUACACACAUCCUAAACCCAGAGCUACCCCUGAUGCAACGUCCCCAUGUGAUGAGGGAUUUGAUGAAGGGGUUUCUGUGAAUGAAAAGAGAAUGAAAAUAAAGACUUGAGAUCUCCACCUUCAGCCAUAUUCCAAGCUCCUCACCUUUCUGACAUCAAGUAUUGUCCUCCAUCACCCAUCUGACAGCGGCCCAGGCCUGACUGAGUUUCCCAGCUUAGAGAUUUUGUUACAUUUGUGUUGAUGAAAAAAACCAAGAGAGCUAAAAACAGAGAACUGUUGACUUACUGCAAAAAGACAAAUGUGUCACCAUAGAUGAGCAGAACACUGUAUCUAAAUAAAUAAGGAGAAUGACAGAAUAAAAACAACCAACACACAAGUACUGUGCUCAGGAUCUGACUUGAACCAUCUACAUCAAACCUUCUGGUCACUCAGACGUCUUUGAGUCCAGCGCAUGGAGUCUGCUCUCUGCCACGAACAGCGGGAUCCUCCCAUCCGCCUUCAGGCUGCUCAGCUUGUUGAGGUCCCAGCUGAUUUAUCAUCAGAGAGACUUUGACGGAUCGAGUUCAGACUAGCGGACCUUUGUGGGGUGUUGAUGGGUGGGUUGUUGGUGAAGUGGCUGCAUUGACUCCUGAGCUGUUAAGCCACCCAACUCUGCCUCAUCCGACGGCAGUGGAGCCAAACUAAGGAAAAUGUAUUCAGUAAAAAAAAAAAAUCUAAAAAUGCCAACUUUUGUGGAAUCAAAGACCAGACUGCGUCAUCCAGUAGUAGAGUACCGUAUAAAUUAACAAGAACUCAUCCUGUUUUACUGUCUCCACAGCUGUUUUUUUUUCUGUGUAGACUUUGUGCCAUUGUGCCCUGUGUGCCCAUUAUUGCUGUUUUGCUUACUCUCCAUCCUCACUCCCUUCCAACCACACCUUUAUUUCUUGCUCUCUGCCUCCUCCCAUCAGCAUCCUCAGCUAUGUGUUUUUGUUUCAAACGAGAAUGAGAUGUUAAAACCCAGAACUUUAGAGAAACAGACACCAACCAGAAUCCCUCCCUUUUUUCUUCUUUAUGUAUCUGUGUGGUUCAGCAACCCUCCCUCCCUCCCAUCAUUCCUCCCUUGACCUCCUGCUGCUUUGUCUGUAUGUCUUUACUUUACUGCUGAACUAUUAUUCUUGUACAGACUGUAAAAUGUAGUAUUUUGUACUUUAUUGAAGAAAAAAAAGAAUUAACUUUUAGAAGAUCCCUGUGCCUUGAUCACGACUGUACGUGUGUAAUGAGCUAAAGUGGGUGUCAUACUGCGCUGUAUAGCUUGGCCAAUCCUCCUGACUCCUCACCAUCCUCCCUAACUUCCUCUCUGUCCAUGUUUUCCCUUCUCAGAGAUGAUGGGGGGAAAAACCACCUGUAGCUUUUUUUGUUUUCUUUUUUUUCCCUCCUUCACUCCUUCCCACCCUACCCCUUUUCUCUCGUUAUGAUUUCAAUGUCUAUUUUUGGAUCCAUAUACCCCAAAAAGAUAGAUAUAAGAAAUGUAUAUGGGUUUAAAAAAAGUAUUUUAUUAGAAUCAAAUGAACCUUGACAAAUUGUACACUUGAUAGUGUGCGUAUUGCUAUAACUUAAAUCCUUUCAACUGAAA